UCACAGACCGGCACGAUAUUGAGAAUUCGAUUUCCCCAUGCGACAUUAUUGAAGCUGAGCUAUACAAGAGUAUUUAUCGUGUUUUGCAAAUCAGUAAGCUACACUGACGGCAGCUGUCAAGGAAUACGACAUUGAACGCUAUAUCCUUCAGAGGAUACAUUCAUAAUACAUUUCUGCAUACUGUACUUGCCAUUAUCCCAAUAUGAGCAGUCUGAAAAAGACGGACUGGCUACGCCAUUUGUACCUUGAAGGGACGAAGUGGGAAAAAGCUCUCCCUGGUAAAGUACCAUGGCACACAUUCAAUGAAGUCAAAGACCCAAAUAAUGGGUCAAAACUCACUGUUGGGGAUAUUGAAAAGCAUCUCCCCAAAAUGCUUCGCCAUUGCAUUGACAAUAGUCUGGUUCCUUAUGAAUAUAUUCCAGAGGUAAAAAAAUUCAUGGCUUACAUUGGAAAAGAUGAGAAAUUUGAUACUAGGAGUAUUUCAAAAUAUGUACAAAAGAGAAAGAUGGCUAUGGACAUUACUGUUUUUGUCAAAAGAUUUUUAGAAAUGUCAGAUCGUGAAAAGGCAACAAUGACAAGAAAGAUUGAGAGCCAAGAUUGUCACUGUAUUUUGGAUGGAGUACAGAAACUAAGGACCAUGACUGAUAAGGGGAGGUCCCCUGAAUACAAAGCAGAGGAAUGUGAGGAGAAGUCGAAGACAUUUAAGCUCAUCGACUGGCUGAGACACAUAUACCUCUGCUGCCAGAAGUGGCUUAACGACUGUAAAGGACAGGUGCAGUGGGAGAAGUUGAAGGUGAAGGACCCUAACAACAGCAAGCAGGGGUCGCGGAUGAAGAUGGAAGAGUUGAAGGAGUCACUGAAGAUUUUAGCAGGACAGUGCCUUCAGCUCGGAGUUGUGCCUCAGAUCUACCAGGAAGAGGUGAUGGAGGCACGGAGAAUCUUAGAAGAAAACCUGGUGUUUGAUACGAAGAAGUUGGAUCAGGAGGAGAAGCUGAGAAAGAUUGCUGUCAUGGCUGUGGAGGUCCUGAAGGGUAUGGAGGACCGAGGUGAAGAGGUGAUCGGGACAAUAGACCCAGCUAAUCUGCCCAUGAUACGUAAAGGGUUACAAGAACUGGAAGUGAAUCUGGAGGAACAGUUUGUUGUUGACCGUGCAGAGGUGGAAGAAGAACCUGCUGAGAAGGAAAUGCAUAAUGAGAUGGAAGAUGAGUUUCCCGAAGACAUAUUUAACACAAAUGAAGUGGAUGGAACGGAUAUUUUAGAGAGUAUUCUUGAUAAACAGAAUCCUAGUACUUUAGUAGCAUCAGAUGAGGUGGACUUUUUGGCUUCAGACCCAAUAUUUGAACCACUAGAAGAACCUGGCUCCGUACCAUCUCUAUGUUACGUCAGUGACUUUUCAGAAGCUUCCCCAGUUCCAUCACCUGAAAAAUAUGUGGAUGGUCACGUGUCAGAUGACUCGGGUAUUCACUCUCCAAUGUCUGGCACACAAGAUGACAGUGAUUCUGAAGAUGAAGAUCUUACUGCUUUCGUGAAUGACUUUAUCGAUUUGGAAGAAGACACUGAGGAUAUUGAUAUUGAGGACUUGGAAUUGCCAGACACCAGACUCUAUCUUCCAGACAUGGGAAAGCGAUGCUUGAAGCGCAAGGUUUCAGAUAAUAUAGAUGAGCCUGUCAUGAAGAAAAGAAGACCUUGAAAGGUUGAAAAAGGUUGAUAACUUGAUUAUGAAUUAUCUGUUGAUUUAACAGUCCUUGCUAACUUGCAACAGUGAAGAGAGUUGAGACCAACAUGAUCCAACCAUACCACGAACAGGAAGCCCAGCAGCUACAAAGGUGAACAGAGAGAGAAGACCCAGCACCUACCAAGGUGAACAGAGAGAGGAGACCCAGCACCUACCAAGGUGAACAGAGAGAGAAGACCCAGCACCUACCAAGAUGAACACAGAUGGCUGAAGCAUCAAGCCAUGACAUCCCAAAUCCACAGAAGGAUGACACAGCCACAGGCUAAUCAAGGCGAGGCACCUGUCAAGGGACACAACUCUUGCCCUGGAAACACAGAGCAACUUCGGAAUCCCACCCCAGACAACAAUAAGAACAAUUCUUGUUCUCACAUACCGGACUUGACACUGUCAUUGGUAGUAUCCACUUGACAAAUAAAACCCCGAACAUGACAGGCAGUACAGUACAGUAUGCUCCUUGGUGAUGACAUCCAGUAGGAUCUUCACUAAGUGUACAUAGUUUCUCUUUUGAAUUUUUUAUUAUAUGCUAGACUUUGAGAUGUGUGUUUGUUAGAUGUUGUUAACAUAUACUUCAUGCCUUUCAUCUAUGUGCUUGUUUAUUGGAUCAAGGGUAGCGGGGUAGUCUACAGUGUCACCAUAGUCAGACUGUAGCUCAUAUCUCCACAUGGUAACAAAUUUUCAAACUCAUUGACACACUCCCUGCUGUGUUGUGCUGUAAGUAUGGGAACAUACUUUUUUAUAUUGGAAAAAAGUUAAUAUGUACUUAAUAACAUUGAUUUUGGAUUGCAUAUUCUGGAUCAACAUACUGCAGCACAAUCACUGAUAUGUUCAAACUUCAUGAAAAUUAAACCAGUUUGAAUUGCAUGAAACACGAGUUAUUAAUUCAGUGUGGUUUUCCUUGUGGUCAUUACGGUAUAAAUUUUAAAAUAAGUAUUUUUCAGUUAUUUCAAUUUGCGUAUAGGAAAACAAAAAAUUGACACCAUGAACAGUUUCCAUAAAGUUUUAUACAGGUAUGUGAAUGAUUAGGUAUAUAUUGAAUUGUACAUAUUGUGGAAUGCACAUAUCAUAUUCAUUCAUACAUUUUCAGUUUCAUCCUCAUCAACUUUGAUUAAAGUUUUUACGUUGCAGUUUCAUUCGAGUACACUAUGACAUGAAAUUGAAUUAAAGUAUUUAUUUUUUGGAUUUAUGUUGUUUUAUGCAAUGUUACACCAAUUAUUUCUCAAAAGUAUUUUUUCAGAUGAACCGUUAAAUAGUGUUGAACAUCACCAUGCAUUAAUCGUAACAGGUUUGAAUAUUUUCAUUUUCAUAUUAACAUGUCAACUGUCAUCUAAUUUAUGUAGAUGUCAUAGAAUGAUGAAUAAAUACUUAACUGUA